AUGGCUACCUCGUGGAAGAGAAAAGUAUUAAUAGGCUGUACGGGCAGCGUCGCCACGAUCAAAUUACCACAACUCGUAGAGAAACUCUGUCAGCAUAAUCUGGAAAUUCGCAUAGUCGUGACUGAACGAGCGAAGCAUUUUUUGAAAGAGGCAGAACUGCCUCGGGGGACGCAAAUCUUAUCGGAUACCGUCGAGUGGGCUGCAUGGCAAGAUCGGGGGGAUCCUGUAUUGCACAUCGAUUUGGUCAAAUGGGCUGACUUGUUUUUAAUUGCUCCGCUGGAUGCUAAUACCCUUGGCAAACUCGCUAGUGGAAUUUGUGACAAUAUAUUAACGUGUGUCGCAAGAGCAUGGGAUUCCACAAAGCCGUUAUUGUUCUGUCCCGCGAUGAACACCAAAAUGUGGGAGCACCCAGUGACGGCUCCGCAGGUGGCCUUGCUCAAGUCCUGGGGUUACAGAGAAGUUACGUGCAUCUCGAAAACUCUCAUGUGUGGUGACACUGGAAUCGGAGCAAUGGCAGAAGUCGACUCCAUCGUCCAGACAACUCUGAGAUCGCUCAACCCUUGGGAUCCUUACUCACCACCCGACACGCGUCUCUGAUGAAAAUAGUAUUUAGCAUAGGUUAAAAAAUCCAUGGAAAGCUAAAACCCCAAAAUGGCCUCGCAUCCCUCAAGAUUUGUUUGAAUGACCACCGUGUAAGUUGAUUUACCAAGACGUCAGGGUAAAAUAAGUUCGCACCUGCACUUCCCCUGAUCGGUGUUCGAUGCUUUCGCAAGAGAUUGAAACGAGCUACAGUCUUCCAACUGCUUGUUCGUCCUCUGUCGAUUGGUAUCGCAAGUGAAUCCAUUAAUGUCGAUGUUGGUAGCAAAACGUAGAAGUAGGAUAAUCAACUUGUGAUCUUACGAUGCUUCGACAGGGAGUCACGAACAGGUACAAGAGGAAACCAACCGAUCUCGUUUGCCUCGUCGAAAUCUCUAAUUCCCCGUACAAACAUACAUACAUACAUACAUAUGAACGCAUACACGGAGCGAUGGCUUUACAAAGUGCACGUUACGCUGUGCGGAAUUGAUCUGCAACUCUCAACAUAAUCAACGGCUUAGAGUAAUUAUACGAAAAUGAUCGUGACGUUCGAGGUGUUUCCAGUAGUCGACCGUGACUCGGUGUUAUUCCCCAAAGUGUUCCAGUUACGACAUGUAACAUUAUGCGCUCUGCAAUGUGUUUUCUUAAAAGUGCUCUUGGAAAAUUGCACUCGUCGUUCUGUGCAUGCGCGUAUAUUAAAAAUUAAAUUAUACAUAUACAUAUAUAUAACGAGUUAAAGCACGUUUAAGAAAAUAUCUAAAGCCUUUUCGGUCGCAUCGGACCACGAAAGAGAGCGUGUACACUCGUGCGUGGGGGAAAAAAAAAAAAUUUGUUUUUACCCCAUUUUCAACCCGCAAACCGCGAGUGCGAGACGCAGCGGAUCACGCUUACAAAAAACACGAGUUCGUUUGACGCAGUUACCUCACGUCGCGAGAAAACAUUCUUUUGGGAACAAAUACAUUUUAAUUUCAACACCGACACUGAUCACUCCGAUGUACGAAACGAUGUAUUCGAAAGAGAAUCAAAUUUAUUUCUUAAGAAAGUGGAUAUACCUACGUUGAAUAAAGCGGAGUACGCAAGUUGUACCGUUUA